AUGGGACAGGAUGCUUUCAUGGAGCCCCUCAGCAGCACGGUUGGGAUCUUUCUUUGCAAAAUACACUUUCUUCUUCUAGCAGGUGUUUGUUCGGGGCUGAAGGUGACCGUGCCUUCACACACUGUCCAUGGCAUCAGGGGACAGGCCCUCUACCUCCCUGUGCACUAUGGCUUCCACACUCCAGCGUCUGGCAUCCAGAUCAUUUGGCUGUUUGAGCGACCACACACAAUGCCCAAAUACUUGCUGGGCUCUGUGAACGAAUCUGUUGUUCCCGACUUGGAAUACCAACACAAGUUCACCAUGAUGCCACCCAAUGCUUCUCUCCUCAUCAAUCCGCUGCAGUUCACUGAUGAGGGCAAUUACAUUGUGAAGGUCAACAUCCAGGGAAAUGGAACUCUCUCCUCAAGCCAGAAGAUACAAGUCACCGUUGAUGAUCCCGUCAUGAAGCCAGUGGUCCAGUCACAUCCUGAUUCUGGGGCUGUGGAGUAUGUGGGCAACAUUACCUUGACCUGCCAGGUGAAAGGGGGUACCAGGCUAGUUUACCAGUGGCGAAAAAAUGGGAAACCUGUUUGCAUCAACUCCAGCCACUCAUUUUCUCCCCAAAACAACACCCUUUGGAUCGUUCCAGUGACAAAGGAGGACAUUGGAAACUAUAGCUGCCUUGUGUCAAACCCUGUCAGUGAGAUGGAAAGUGACAUCAUUACGCCUACCAUAUAUUAUGGACCUUACGGACUUCAAGUUAAUUCUGACAAAGGGCAAAAGUUGGGAGAAGUGUUCACUGUUGACCUAGGUGAAGCCAUCCUAUUUGAUUGUUCUGCUGAUUCUUAUCCCCCCAACUCCUACUCCUGGAUCCAAAGAUCUGACAAUACAACAUAUGUCAUUAAACACGGGCCUCGUCUAGAAGUCACGUCUGAGAAAGUGGCCCAGAAGACUGCUGACUACGUGUGCUGUGCUUACAACAACAUGACGGGAAGGCGAGAUGAAGCUCGCUUCACUGUCGUCAUCACUUCCGUAGGACUGGAGAAGCUUGCACAAAAAGGAAAAUCACUGUCCCCAUUAGCAAGCAUAACUGGAAUAUCACUGUUUUUGAUUAUAUCCAUGUGUCUUCUUUUUCUGUGGAAAAAAUACCAACCUUACAAAGCUAUAAGGCAGAAGCUAGAAGGCCGACCAGAGUCAGAAUACAGAAAAGCUCAAACCUUUUCAGGCCACGAAGAUGCUCUGGGUGACUUCGGAAUAUAUGAAUUUGUGGCUUUUCCAGAUGCGUCUGGUAUUCCCAGGAUGCCGAAUAGGUCCGGCCCAGCCCCUGACGGUGUGACAGGGCAAGAUUUCCACGGCACCGUUUAUGAGGUUAUCCAGCACAUCCCUGCUCAACAGCAAGACAACAACAGUGAGAUUCUACAGCAAAACAGUGCAUUGGAGAGAAAUAAUGAAGGGACAUUUUGAGAGAAAACAUCUGGAAUCUCUGAAGAAAUAAAACCCCAGCACCCCUCGGUCACACUUUUAAAUGCAGAGUGCCGACUAAAUGGCAGGUUUUCUGACACACAAGCAAUGGGCUGUGUGACAGAGGAAUGCGGACACUGCUUAUCAGCCCGACUGGGAGGAAGAAGACAAUGAAACGUCCCAGGUGCUCUGUAUGUGCAGGCUUUCAGGCACCCCAGUUGUGUUCACCUAUGCUCCACACUGAUACUGCCCUGUGCCACCUACUAGGAAAGUUCCUACUAGGAGACUUUAUCUUUGUAAAUGUCAUGAUGAGCUUUGUUUUGUUAAAUGUUUGUUACUAUUAUGAUACUCAAACACCUUUG